CUUAUGACUACCGUUCACUCCAUCACUGCCACUAAAAAGACAGUUGAUGGUCCAUCAGCUAAGGACUGGAGAAGUGGAAGGGCUGCUUCAUUCAACGUCAUUCCCAGUAGCACUAAAGCAGUUAAGGCAUUUGGAAAGGUUUUGCCAGCUUUGAACGGCAAAUUGACCGGAAUGUCGUUCCGUGUUCCCACUGUUGAUGUCUCUGUUGUUGACCUUACCGUCAGACUUGAGAAGGGUGCUACCUACGAGCAGAUUAAGGAUGCCAUCAAGGAGGAAUCUGAAGGCAAGUUGAAGGGAAUCCUUGGAUACACAGAGGAUGAUGUUGUGUCAACUGAAUUUGUUGGUGACAGCAGGUCAAGCAUUUUUGAUGCCAAGGCUGGAAUUGCCUUGAAUGACAACUUUGUGAAGUUCGUUUCCUGGUACGACAACGAGUGGGGUUACAGCUAUUGGGUUUCGUACAUUAGUCUAAUAGGAAGGAUUACUGAUGAUUCUGGUGGCAAUGGUGACAACCAGGCCGAGAAAUGA